AUGAUUUCCCAAGGCCGUCCCUCUCCUGUGCGCUCGUUCAGAACGCCGCUCUCGCCGGGAAAAAUCCCCAUUAGGGUGGUGAUAAAUAAGUUUCUACGCUUCAGCCCAGAAGCGCAUCUCAACGCCCUUCCAGAUAGAAGAUUUGAAGAUAUGCCGUCGAUUUCUGACAUCGAGCACUAUGAUGUGGUGGUCGUUGGUGCUGGAUGGUAUGGCCUUGUCGCCGCGCAUACGUUUCUGAAACUGGCCCCGGAAAGCCGUCUUCUUGUCAUCGACGACAGCAAGACCAUUGGCGGAGUAUGGAGCGAGGAGAGAAUCUAUCCUACCCUCUACGCGCAGAUAUGCUAUCCUCUGUUUGAGUAUUCGUUCUACCCCAUGAAGAAUGAGAACAUCUCACCCGACGGCUUCAUCUCGGGCACUGCAAUCCACAACUACCUGGUCAGCUUUGCCAGAGACCAUGACCUGCUCGGCCGUACUCGCCUGGAGACUCGGGUACUGGCCGUGGAGCGAGACAGCAACGGCAGCGGUUGGAUCGUCGAGGUGAACAAUGGGCCCCCGAUUGAAUGUAAAAAGCUCAUAUACGCAACUGGAGCAAACUCAAGCCCUAUCAGACCCGCUUGGCCGCAAGAUAACUUCCACAAGCCAGUCAUCCACUCGCUCGAUUUUGGUAGCUGGCGCCAUCAUAUCGAGAGUGAUGCCGUCAAGAGAGCCACCGUGGUCGGGGCAUCCAAGUCCUCCUAUGACACAGUCUACAAUCUUCUCAAGUCUGGAAAGAAAAUCGACUGGAUCAUACGGAAGAGCAAUUCAGGUCCAUUCUCACUCUUUGCGCCUACGUUUAUGGGCCUAUGGCAUAUCUCAGAUCACAUAUCGACACGACUUGCGGCUAGUUUUAGCCCUAGUAUCAUGAAUAUCUCAGGCCACUGGAACAUGUUUUUGCAAAGGACAGCGCCCGGCAAAUUCAUCACUCGUUUAUAUUGGCAAGUGGCGACUGCUUUGGCCAGCCAGUAUGCACAAUUUUCCGAGAGCGAACACACCCAGUACCUUCGACCGUGGCCACAUAAUGACGGCCUUUUUUGGGGGAGUGGUGGGAUUGGCAUCGCAACCGUGCCUGAUUUCUGGCAGGUGAUUCAUAAUGGAGAUGUAACCAUACACCAAACAGGAAUCGAAUCUCUGUCCCACCAGGAUGUGGUUAACCUUGAAGAUGGGUUCUCCGUCCCCACAGACAUUGUGAUACACUGCACUGGGUUUGACAAGGGCUAUGAUACUUUCAGUCCCGAGCUACAAGAUGAGCUAGGCCUGCGUUAUGACUCUUCCCAGUUCUCUAAAUGGACAGUGCUCGAUUCCCAAGCUGAAGCACAUAUAGAUCAGUUACUGCCAAUACUCAAAAACUCUCCAUUCGAUGUACUAGACGGCCAACGAAAGCAUACUCAGGGCCCGAAUAGGCAUUAUAGACGUCUGGUGGUGCCAAAUCUGGCUGCCAAAGGCGACCGGUCCAUCUUAUUCCCGGGGCAUAUCCAUUCGGCCUUUACGCCGCUGGCGGCCGAGCUACAGGCUCUCUGGGGGUUUGCCUGGAUGCAUGGCUGGCUGGACCUACCCUCGCAAGAGGAAAUGGAACGAGAGGCUGCUAUUUUCAAUGCUUGGACGCGAAAGCGAUAUAUCGAACAGGGGAAAAAGCACUCUUAUUUCAUAUAUGAUUAUAUCUCUUACCUUGACACUCUUAUGAGGGACCUUGGCCUCAAUCCUUAUAGAAAGAAAAAUGCUUUUGCGGAGUGGUUUAUGCCUUAUCGGCCUAGUGACUAUCGCGGGGUGAUUGACGAGUACUUGGCUUCUAAACCGGCAAGCGAAGAAAAAAAGAAGGUCAAAUUACAUACACUACAUGGAGGUCAGAAUGGUGCAUGCAGGUCCAUGACUAACGGCGACUGA